CUUCGAGCGCCCAAGUCAUGGCUCGCUCCGUGCACGACAUGCUGCCAACGGAGGGUAGCAGCAGCGAUUCGGACUCCGACGUCGUCCUUGCCGUCACACGCCGCACUAGCUCGGGGAGGCUCACGACGGACACGCCGAGCGGACCAUUGUGACGGACGCCGCCGAGAAGCCCGCGAGCGUCCCACCGACAUUCAAGCGAAUGGCGUUGGACGCGUGUGUAGACACGUGCGACAUCGCACUCUCGUCCAUCGCCCACGACAUCUUGGACAACACCUACUUUUCAGGGACUGACGCGACGACGGUCGCGGAGCUGCGUCGCCAUAUUGCGACGUCUGGCUACGAUCGCACUGAUAGGAUCCGCGUCGUCUUCAAGGACGAGAUGUAUUUUGUUCUGGACGGCCAUCACCGCGUCGCCGCGCUCCGCGAGCUCAUGGCGUCGUCCACCACACUCAACCUCGCGACGCCCAGCGACGGCAGCUACUUGGUGCCGGUGGUCGUGUACGAGACGGAGAGAGCGGCCGAGGUAGCCGCUGCUCUCCACCGUAAGCGUUUGAUGGCUUAUGGCUUUUGA